CUUAUUUUGUGCCUAACGUCAUGGCAAAGUUGGUUGGCAAGGUUUCCCAGCCAAUUUUCAAAAAAGAUUGAACUCUUUCUCCCUAAAAAUUAUCACAACCCUAAAAUCCGAUUCUUCUAACAGACACGGGUGAGAGUGUGAGACAUGAACAAUGCUCCUUAUAUGCGGAUGAUAUGAGGUUUGUUGCUGGAGCGCACACUUUUCUCAAGGCAUGAAUCUCUUGCCCAAUUUUGGAAAAUGCAGUAGCAUUGGCUGUGCCUACUGCCUACCAUUUGUCUAUUCUACUAUUGUAUACAACUAAGAGAAGUUUGCAGACUAUGCUGUUCUGGAAGGCACACGAGAUGUAACACCAUCACAGCAUCACUAUUGAAGUCUUUGAUUGGUUUAGAUGGUCAGUACAUAUCUGCUACUCCAUUUUAAUUUAGGACCAUAAGCUCUAAUUACUUGAUAAUAAAAUAUGCCAAGGGUUUUUUCUAUUUCCAACUCUAUCAAUUGUGUGACAUUUUUGCUCUUUAAAAUUUCCCAAUUGUAGUCUCUUAUUGUGAAAGACACACUUUCGCUACCUUCUUUGAGUUUGUCCACUUUUAUACUUUUGAUUAUUAUGACAGUGACACUUUGGCAUUGUCUAAAACUUAUAGUAGACCUCUACUCAAAGUGAAAGGUUCAGCGACGGGUACAAAAAUGUCCUUGUCACAAUAGCCUAGCGAAAAAAUGGAGUUAUUCAAAGACAGUACCAAAACUAUCAUUGCCAGAAUUCUCAGAGGACUAAGAGUAGAAAAGCUCAAAGUGUCUAGGUGUUUUGUAUAAAAAAUAUAUGGAAAAGUCCAUGUAAUUUUCGACGCGAUUUUCAUUAUGGAUCAUAUGGAAACAGUCUCUUUGUGAUUUAGUACAGGAGUAAGGUUGCGUACAUCCGACCUCCCCUUACCCCACCAUUGGUGGGAGCCUUUGCAGCACUGGGGUAAUGAUGAUGAUGCAAUGACGCAUCAUGGAAACAACCCUUUGACAGUUAUCAGGAUAAGGGUAGAGAUAAACUGAUAGGAAUUGGGCAUAUUAGGAUAAUAGUAGAAAUAAUAAUAAUUGUACAGGUAGUAUAAGUAGAAGGGGAGGGAGGAAUAAAGAGUAGGCUGUUAUUCUGUUAGUUUGAGCUGGGAGAUUUGAGACUUCUCUAAUUGUCUCAUUGGUGCUUGUAUACCUUCUGUAAACCUUCUGUUAAUGCAAUAAAGUUUUCUUGAUCAAUUCUUGAUCUGUCUUCAUUAAUUCUUUUAAAUUCUGAGUCGGAUUACCAGUGCUCUAUCAUAAGCUUUCUCUUUAUCUCUGAUGUAUGCUAUAUUGUAAGAUUAUGGAAAGGUAAAAGAUCAAAUAGAACAUUGAUAAGACUGAUAGUGGUUGGUUUUAUUCUUUUUUGUUUUUAAUACCUUAAUUGGCUGUUCUAUGAAGUGAUUAUCUAGGAUUUUCCUUUCCUUGUUUUAGGCAUUCAUAUGAAUGUAAUCCCUAUUAUAUAAUGGGCCUCUUUAUACUAAUAAAAUAUACAAGAAAGAAAAAGAAAUCAAGGAGAAGGAGAACUCCCCAAAUUCCAAAGGAGAAAGAAAACUCCCUGAAUUUCCACUCAUGUGAUGCAAAGAAUCCCGGUACAUAACGUUUUGGUUUUGUUGCCGAUGUUAUGGGAAAUUUUGCACUUACCACUGAUCAGUACACACUCCUCUCCGAGAUACAAAAUGAGGUGCACAACCUAACAAGAGAAAGACACCUUCUCAAUCUGCAAAUGCAGUGCAAAAGGUGCAGCAGUUACUGCAGCCAUUACUGGAGUCGGUUUAGACUUCAGAAUCUUUUGAACUAGAUUGCCAACCUUUCUCGAUCACAGUACUCCUUGGCAGCUGAAGAAGCUCCCCCAUUACCAUCAGUAAACACUUCAUCAACCUAUGUUCCACUUCAACUGCCAUCAGCAAUGCUUCCCAUGCAGAAACUCCUAGGGGCUAGAGCCAAUGUUGUCCCCAGCACCGAUAAUUCACACUGCCCCGCCCAACAAGCUUCCAAAACAAGCAACUUGGACUUUCCGGAUCCAUUUUGAUCAACUACAACUGUCCCAUGGUACCAUUAUAUUUGAAGGGAGUUUUUAAUUGAUGUUGAUCAUCUUCACCUUAGUCCACCUCUAAGACAAACUUUCUAUGCCUGGUUCAAGUUUUCAAGCUUGAGAAGUUUGAUUUUUGAGGAGGGGUGUAAUAAUACAUGAUAUAUUGUGAGAUUAAAACACAUUUAAGGCAUGAUAAACUUUAAAAAAACCAGAACUGUUACUAUAUUUUUCAAUGAGCUCGUUACAUAUUUGGAAUUCUAACAACAGUGAUUUGUUAUACAGAUGUCAAAUCAAGCUAGAUGUUCAGUGAUUCAAUUUUAUAAUAUGUUGAAAUUGCAUAAACAUGCACACCGAGCUGCAUUGCAAGCUAUGGAGGGUGGGCAGAGUCUGAGUAUGAUUAUUAAAUGUAAGGUAUUGGCCCAUGUUUUUUCCCUAAGCCCAACACUUGUGUUUUACCCGACCCAAUCUUUAUUCUAUCCAUCUGCUCGCCCCUCUUGUGUACGAUGAAUCGGUCUGCCUUUCUCAGUACCGUUCACGGCCAUUACUUCUUUCCUUGCUCGAGCAUUUGCGUAUCUUGUGCUUUGGUAAGUUUCCAUUUAUGAAAUUGAGCUUGGCACUAUAUAUAUUACAUACUUCUUCUUCUCUGGGUUGCUGGCCGAAAACAUUCUUGCCCCAAUUUCGCACCUUUAUCUCCUCCGUGGAACCCUAGGUGAGUUGGCCGGAAAAAGCACUGCUGGCUGACGCCCUUUCUCCCUUUGUUGACCUUGGUGGUGUUUUUUAGCAUCCUUUGUGGGUGUAAACCUUGGAGACCUGAGCUGGAGCUUAGUAAUUACAGUGGUAUCAGAGCCUUGCCACCUCCUGCCGCCGCCUGCCGCCGCGUCGACGCCGUCUGCUGCUGUCAAGAAGUCACCGGAGGUCCAGGGGUGCUGCCGCCGUCUGCCAGGAGCCAAACCAGCCAGCUAGAGCUUCUGCCGGAGUCCAGAAGCUGCUGCCAUCACUGGUCCAGACCUUCUGCCGCCAGGGAGGUGCCGCUGCCGCCAUCCAGAUUCUGCCUACGUGCUCUACAGCAGCCCACGCUGCCUACGGUAAGUCGGGUAACCCAACCUCGGGCCCCGCUCAGGUAAAUUGGCUUUAACUCUUCUUGGUGUACCGGAGUGCCACCUGAUUAAUUUCCCCCCGCUCCCCCGCUGCUGACCUGUGUGGUCUUGGAAGCCGGCUGUGCCCGGCCCCAGGUACGUUUACUAAUCCUUUGUGUGAUUUUUAUUCGUAGUUCAUUUUUUUUAAUUUCAAGUUGAAUUGCAAUUACUUUGUUGUUUGAAUUGUGAUUACUUGUUUGUUGGUCCGUGGAUUAAUUUUCCGGUGAAGAAUAUUUUGUUUGGAUACUCGUUGUCCAAAGUUGUGAAUAUUUCUUCUGAUUUAAAUUUAAUCCGUUUGGAUUUUGUUUUUUCUGUUGAUUGAUUUGUGGAUUAAUAUUCCGGUGAAGAAUAUUUUGUUUGGAUAUUCGUUGUCCAAAGUUGUGAAUAUUUCUUCCGGUUUAAAUUUAAUCACGUGUUGGAUUUUUUAUUUUGAUUUUUUCUGUUAAUUGAUUCGUGGAUAAACUCUCCGGUUAAGAAUAUUUGUUUGGAUACUUGUUGUCCGAAGUUGGGAAUAUUUCUGUCCGGAUUAGUUUUAAAUCCAGUUUCUUUGCUUGUUGAUUAAUUCUAGCCUAUUUGUGCUUGUACGAAAGAACAAGGAGAUUGUACCCCGAGCUUUGUGUUCAUUGGUCUUCUCGGCUUGUUCGUGCUAGUUGCUUCGUACAAUUGAUAGCCCUAUAGGUUAUAAUUAAUCAUUUAUCUGUCUGUUGAGUAAAUAAAAAUUUUAUCUGUGCUUGUACAAAAGAACAAGGAGAUUGUACCCGAGCCUCGUGUUCAUUGGUCUUCUCGGCUUGUUCGUGCUAGUUGCUUCGUACGGUACGAAAGAACAAGGAGAUUGUACCCGAGCUUUGUGUUCAUUGGUCUUCUCGGCUUGUUCGUGCUAGUUGCUUCGUACCGGUUGAUAGCCUGAUAAAUUUUAUUUAUUCUCUUGCGUGUUGUGCUUGUUUUCCGAUUAAUAUGGCUGUCAAUCAAUAUAGCAUGCUUCCAUUUAACGGAAAGACAGAUUUUGAUAUCUGGAAACAUAAAAUCAAAUGUGUGUUGAUCCAACAGAAAGUCUAUAGAGUUGUGACUGGUCUCUAUUUAGACACUGAGGAUGCUGCAAAGCGCGUUGAGAUAAAUGAAACUGCUUGUUCCUCUAUAUACCUGAACCUUUCUGAUUCAGUGCUCAGGAAGGUGGGUAUUAUAGAUUCCGCGAAGGAUUUGUGAGACAAGUUAGAUAAGUUGUAUACCGAUACUUCUUUGCCUGGUAAAUUGUUUUUGCUUGAGAUGUUCUUUAGAUUUAGGCUUGACCUGUCUAAGGACAUAGAUGAGAACCUAGAUGUGUUUAACAAGCUUAUUCAGAAUAUUAAGCAAGCUGGUGAUAAACACAUAGAUGAUUACACACCCAUAGUGUUACUUAAUGUCAUCCCUGACUCAUACAAUGACGUCAAAUCUGCCAUAAAGUAUGGUAGAGACGAUAUCUCGUUAGAUAUAGUCGUUAAUGGAUUAAGGAGUAAGGAGUUAGACCUUAGACACUCGAGGGGUAGUAACAGUCAGUCUAGGGACUCAGGUGAAGCGUUGUUUGUGAGGUGUAGGUCUAAGAGUAGAUCUAGAAACCAUAAGAAGGCAACAACGAUAAGAACAAAAACAAUGACCCGGGGAAGAAGAGAGGUAAGUCUAAGAAGAGUGUGUGCUAUAAUUGUGAUAAUUCUAGUCACUUCAUUAAGGAUUGUCCCCAUCCGAAGAAGUCUGAACAUGCUAAUGUGGUAGAUGAUAACAACUUACAUGAGGAAGUUUUUAUGAUUUGUGAUUCUGUCAAUUCUGUGUUGAGUAACUGAAAAUGAGUGGUUGAUUGACUCAGGUUGUACUUAUCAUAUGACACCUUUUAGAUCCCUGUUUUCUUCUUAUGAUUCUUGCAAUGAUGGUUUUGUGUCUCUUGCUGAUAAUAAGAAAUGCAAAAUACAUGGGGUGGGUGAUGUAUGCUUGAAGUUUGAUAAUGGGACUGUGUUUACUAUGAAAAAUGUGAGGCAUGUUCCUGAUUUGCGUCAUAACUUGUUUUCUGUUGCUGCUUUUGAGGGUAGUGGGUUAGAGGGUAAAUGGGGUAAUGGGUGCAUGAAAGUUUUGAAAAAUUCCCUUGUUUUGUUUAAGGCAAAAAAGGUGAAUAACUUGUAUGUGUGCCAUGCUCAGCCUUUCUGUGAUUCUGCUCAUGUUGUUAGUUCUGAUAAAUCUGCUUUGUGGCAUAAUAGAUUAGGACACAUGAGUAAUAGGGGUUUGGAGAUUUUGCAUAAAUCUGGUUGUUUUGGUAAGGAUUCUGUGUCCCCCAUCCCCUUCUGUGAAUCUUGUGUGUUAGGCAAGCAGCAUAAGGUUACAUUCCCCUCCUCCCCAUAUCCUAAUCCCACUAAGUGUACCUCUGUGUUAGAGUAUGUUCAUGCUGAUGUGUGGGGUCCUGCUAGUGUCUCUACCCACGGGGGUAAGAGAUAUUUUCUGUCUAUCAUUGAUGAUUUUUCUAGGAAGGUGUGGGUCCGUCUCCUUGAGCAUAAGUCCGAUGUCUUUGUGAAGUUUAGGGAGUGGAAAAACCUUGUAGAAAAUCAAACUGGUAAGAAGGUCAAAACCCUUAGGACACAUAAUGGUCUAGAGUUUUGCAAUAAGGAUAUGAACCAACUGUGUGUUGAUUGCGGGAUUAGAAGGCACAAAACUGUGCCCUAUACUCCCCAACAAAAUGGGAUAGCCGAGAGGAUGAAUAGGACUGUUCUAGAUAAGGUUAGGAGUAUGCUUGCCACCACCGGUUUGUCUAAAAAGUUUUGGGGUGAAGCAGUUAACACUGCUGUCUACUUGAUUAACCGGUCUCCUUCUGUUCCCUUGGGUGGGAAGUGCCCUGAAUCUGUUUUUUCAAACAAACCCCUUGAUUUGUCUAAUCUUAGAGUGUUUGGGUGUGCAACGUAUGUGCACCAACAAGGUGACAAGUUGGAUCCUAGGUCUAAGAAAGGAGUCUUCCUAGGUUAUCCCGAGGGUGUGAAGGGGUAUAGGGUCUGGGAUAGGAACCAGGUAGGUUUCAAAGUUGUGGUGAGUAGAAACGUUGUUUUCAAUGAAUCCGAGUUUCUUUGUCUGGUUAAGUCAGUUCCUGAUUCUGAGUCUGAUCCUAGUAGUACACCCGUUGAGGUGGAGUCCAUACCACGUGCUGCUAGCCCUUUGUUUGCUAAUCAUGAUAAUGUUGUUUUGCAUGAUUCUAAUUCUUCUGAAUUGUAUGAUUCUGAUUCUUCUGAGCAUGAUACUACCACCACUUCGAGUGAGGUGGAGCAUUCUCAUGUGCAUUCAAAUGACAAUGAAUCGCGUGAUGAGAGUGCGGAUGCUAGUGAGAAUGAUUUGCAUGAUUAUCAACUUGCUAGAGAUAGAAGUAGGAGAGUAAUUAGGAGAACUGCUGAUAGUAUGCCUGAUUAUGCUUUCCAUAUGUGUGAUACUUCUAUGUUUGCUUUCUCUGUGUUUGAGACCCUUGAGCUUAACGAACCUAGAACCUAUAGAGAGGCCCUUAAGUCUAAUGAGUCCGCUAAAUGGCUUUGCGCCAUGGAAAGUGAGAUGGAGUCACUUAGAGCGAAUAAGACUUGGACGUUAGUUCAUAGACCGCCCAAUAGUUCCGUUGUUGCCUGUAAGUGGCUAUUUAAGGUUAAGGAAGAGCCUAACGACAUUAGAUAUAAGGCUAGGUUAGUAGCUAAGGGAUUUACUCAAAAGGAAGGUGUUGAUUAUGCUGAAAUCUUUGCUCCUGUAGUUAAAUUUAGUAUGAUUAGAAUGAUGCUUGCUCUUGUUGCUCAUAAUGAUUGGGAAAUGAAGCAAAUGGACGUCACCACUGCAUUCUUGCAUGGUGAUUUAGAUAAGAAAAUCUAUAUGUCGCAGCCUGAGGCCUUUGUGGAUCCCAUGAAGAGUGAUCAUGUGUGUUUGCUUAGGAAGGCCUUGUACGGCCUGAAGCAGUCCCCGAGGCAGUGGAAUAUCAUAUUUGACCAGUGCAUGUCAUCUUUGAAAUUCCACAAGUCCGAAUGCGACCAUUGCCUAUACUUUAAAAAUACUUCUUCUGUGUCUGUAUUUUUAUUGCUUUAUGUGGAUGACAUGUUGAUUGUUAGUCCUUCGGGUGACGCCAUUAAAUGAGUGCAAAAGCGUCUCAGUGAGAACUUUGCUAUGAAAGACCUAGGUGAUGCCAAAAGGAUCCUAGGUAUUAACAUUGUUAGGGAUAGGAGUAAGCGUGUGUUAGUUCUCAAUCAGAUUUCAUACAUUGAAAAGAUUUUGAGUAAAUAUAACAUGCAUUCUGCUACUCCCGUUUCUAUCCCGAUGGCGUCUCACUUUGUGUUAAGUAAGGAUCAGUCUCCGAAGACUGCUCCUGAAAUUGCUAAAAUGAAAUCUGUGCCUUAUUCCAAUGCUAUUGGGUCCGUGAUGUAUCUCAUGGUGAGUACUAGACCCGACAUUGCCUAUGCUGUUAGUUGCUUGAGUAGGUAUAUGUCUAAUCCUGGUUUAAAUCAUUGGAAUGCUCUUAAGUGGUUGCUUAGGUACUUGAAAUCUUCUGUUAAUCAUGGGUUGGUUUUCACUAGGUGUUCUGAGGGGGUUAAGUUGAGUGGGUAUGUGGAUUCGAAUUUUGCUAACGAUAGAGACAAUAGGAAAUCCACUACCUCUUAUAUGUUUACUCUUUGUGGGUCGUGCAUUAGUUGGAAGUCUCAGCUUCAACCCAUGGUAGCCCUAUCCACCACUGAGUCGGAGUAUGUGGCCGCUACCGAAGCGUUUAAGGAAGCCAUUUGGCUUAAACGUCUCCUAACGGAGAUUGGUAGCCUUAAGCAGGAUAUUUGUGUGUUUUCUGAUAGUCAAUCUGCUAUUCAAUUGUGUAAAAACCCUGUUUUUCAUGAUAGAACUAAGCACAUUGAUGUUAGAUUUCAUUUUAUACGUGAUAUUGUUAGUGCAGGUCAUAUCAAGUUGAUUAAAAUUCCAUCGGAAUUUAAUCCUGCUGACAUGGGGACUAAAUGUCUCUCUGUCGAAAAGUUGUUGUCGUGCAAACGCACGUUAAACAUUGAUUGCGGAUAAGUUGCCUGGUGAUCUUACCCCUUUUGCCUGAAUAUGUCUUUGUGAUUAUUCGGGCAAUCCAGCGAUGAUGUGUCUCAUGUAUGUUUCAGAGUUUUUUUAACUCUACACCACUAGGGUCCAAUAAGGUGGAGAAUGUGUAAGGUAUUGGCCCAUGUUUUUUCCCUAAGCCCAACACUUGUGUUUUACCCGACCCAAUCUUUAUUCUAUCCAUCUGCUCGCCCCUCUUGUGUACGAUGAAUCGGUCCGCCUUUCUCAGUACCGUUCACGGCCAUUACUUCUUUCCUUGCUCGAGCAUUUGCGUAUCUUGUGCUUUGGUAAGUUUCCAUUUAUGAAAUUGAGCUUGGCACUAUAUAUAUUACAUACUUCUUCUCUGGGUUGCUGGCCGAAAACAUUCUUGCCCCAAUUUCGCACCUUUAUCUCCUCCGUGGAACCCUAGGUGAGUUGGCCGAAAAAAGCACUGCUGGCUGACACCCCUUCUCCCUUUGUUGACCUUGGUGGUGUUUUUUAGCAUCCUUUGUGGGUGUAAACCUUGGAGACCUGAGCUGGAGCUUAGUAAUUACAUUAAAAGAAUCGAGGAAGCUAUGUCUUCCAGCAGUUGAACUAUGGAAUGCAAGAUGUAUACAUAUUUCGUGGAGGAAGGGGUAAUAUCUCACCCAGACUUCUAAUUUUUAGAACAUAUAUAAAUUUGAUGGGACACCUUUAUAACCCAGAAUAUGCAGACUGGAAGCAAUAAUUUGGACGGAGAAGUAAUGAAGAAACAAGAAACUUCUCAACUGGCCUGGUGUAGAGUUUUUAUGGCACUUUUCACUAGAGGUGGUUCAACUUACUGCUGGUAGCCUGGUAAUAACAUCACACUGCAUCUGUGAACUGCCUUUCAGAGAAGAGAUUCUUCCAUGGAUAGCUGCACAUUGAAAAUUUAGUGUGCUCUCUUAGUCGUGACACCAAAACAAUAGCCACUUGAUUUGGUCCAGGCUCGGCAUCAUUCCAGGCCUCAUUGAAGAGUAAUGAUUAGCGAACAAUGUGAAAGAAAUGUUUUUAGUUUAUUUAAAAAGAUGGUAUUUAUAAAGGGAAAAUGUAAAGAUUGAGCAUUCGUUUAGUUUUACCAAAAUUUAGCUUCGUUCCUUUUAAGUCCUUCAAAACUAUGGUAGAUGAACUACAUAUCAAUAUAUCAUGUAGACAUGUAGUUCGCGUAUUUAUCUUUUUAACUUUAUCAGUUAAUUGUGGAGACUGGAGAAUGAGAAUCAAAAGUUACUGUUUGUUUUUGUUGAAGUA